AUGUCAAGUCCAAGAAGUUUAAAGUGCAAGCACAGUUUUUGUCUAGAGUGUAUCCAAACUGCUUUAAAUGUGUGCAACAGGUGCCCGGUCUGUCAACAGCCUCAAGGUGUUAUCACAGGAAACCAACCUCGUGGACAGAUGACUUUCUAUACUGAUCGUAACAGCGUUCCAGGCUACGAAGGUAAAACUCUUUAGAGCCAGAAUUUAAACAAUAAAUUUGUAUAGCUGUUAGCCAGGUGAGUGAAAACGAGAGCGAUUUUACUCACUAACAAAGUAGCGUCUUUGCAAAUUUCUUGGAACAAAGGAAAGUUUUUACAUAUUAAGACAAAGGUUGAACUCCUAACAUAGGGGCCUUUUUAUUUUUUUGCAACAGCAUUAUGGCCGGCCGCUUUGAAAGUUCCAUGUUUGGAUGCUCUAAAAUGAUAAGUUAAAAUAAACGGAAAACUGAUUUAGAACAGGAACCUGGGAUAAACUUUUCACGCCCUCAGUGACUAGCGAUUCUAUCGCCUGUCAAAGCAACUGGGCCCAGGAGACAAGCUGCUGAUAGAUAGGCUGCCACCUGUGACGUGAUGCCGGUUUAAACGCUCUAUUGAAUGUAACAUUUGCAGGCUACGGGAAAAUCGUCAUCAGUUAUCAGUUUCCCUCCGGAGUACAAGGCUCGGAACAUCCAAACCCUGGUCAGCAUUAUCAAGGCACAUCACGCACUGCUUAUCUCCCAGACAAUCAUUAA